AUUAUUGUUGGGCCAUACUAUGUCGCAGGGUACAAAAGUCCACAUCACUGUGUUGGGCUAGAUUCGAGCCUUCGAAAUCGACCCAGAACAAAAGAUGUUCGGCCCUUGAAAUAGCCAUACCUUUGCCGUCGGCCAGAAAUGGCGAGACAUGACAAUAUGACGCAUUCGCUGAUGCCAUACGAUCGGCGGCGCGUCGUCCUUGCCACAGAACGCACUCUCCAUGCCGACCGGUGAAAGCGCAAGUGCGCAACCCGCAUCGGCUCGCCGUCGCCGUGCCUUUCCCGACGCAUUUUAUGCUUAGCGUCUCUCUGCAGGUCAUGUCAUCCCAAGCUUUUUUUUGCCCUUUUUUCCAUAGCAGAUAUCUUUUUUCCCCCCGGCACUUUGUUUUUCCGUUGGAGAUAUCUCUCUCUCUUUCUCUUUCUCAUGUGCCGCGGAAGCUGGGGGCGAUCACCGGCCGAUCAGGUGAGAAGCAGAGCAUGCAUGCACCGAUCGAUCCAGGCGCCGCAAGAGACGCCGAAAAGGUGCGGCCUUUUCUGAACUGCAUCUUCACGAGACAUCCUUGAGCACCUUUACUCUCUCUCUGCCUCCUCCGUUGGCCUAUCCUCUCGGUCUGGAGUCAACAACACCAGCGAGCGGAGCGCUUUCUCAGGGGUGCCAGAGCCCAGAGAGAAGAGGACUCGAGGAGGAAGACGAAGGAGAGCUUUGCUAGCGUCCCCUUCUUCCCGCUGCGCGUGCCUGAUGCCUUUAUUCGCUUUCGCCGCCAUUUUCAUCCUCCAAGAAGCUAGCUAGCAGCAGCUGCGUCCGUGCCCACGCGCGCAUGCAUGCUUUGUGGAUAGGGUACGCAGGGUUUAUUGCGUAGGCAUCUGUCUGGGCGUUGCUUGCAUCGGCGUGGGGAGUUUUGGGAUCUUGUUUAGCUUGAUUCCAAUGCGUGGUGAAGAUACUUUGCUUUAAUUUGGUGACCUGUAAUUGAGUAUCGUGAGUGUGGUGGUGGUGCUGGUGGUGGCGGCGCGGCGUGCAAUGCCCGUGGCGGUGGCGCGGGCGUCGUCCGGCGUGUCGCGCCGUCGUCGAUCGUGUUGGUAGCAGGGGAGUGGUACCGUCGCCGGUCGGCAUGCCGUGUGCGACGUGGUGCUGUGAGUCUUGAUACAAGCUGGCGCCUCGCAUGCUCUCUUGCUUCCGGCUGCCGCGGCCGUUCGGCGGCGGCGGGGACGCGGACCAGCAGCAGGCCGCCACGGCGGUGUCUCCCCGUCGGGGCCCGUCGCUGCCGUUCGCGGCGAGCCUGUUCGCGGCGUCCCCGUCGACGUCGGGGCGCGGGAAGAGCCCGUGGCCUCCCCCGGAGGCGGACGACAUGGAGAAGAAGCGGUGGGACAGCAUGGAGUCGUGGUCCAUGCUGCUGGACACGGUGAUGGGCCCCGGCGGCGGCGGCGGCGGCGGCGAGGACAGCAGCGGGCGGCGGGAGGAGUGGAUGGCGGACCUGUCGCAGCUCUUCAUCGGCAACAAGUUCGCGUCGGGCGCCAACAGCCGCAUCUACCGCGGCAUCUACAAGCAGCGCGCCGUGGCCGUGAAGAUGGUGCGCAUCCCGGAGCGCGACGAGGCCCGGCGCGCCGAGCUCGAGGACCAGUUCAACUCCGAGGUCGCCUUCCUCUCCCGCCUCUACCACCCCAACAUCGUGCAGUUCAUCGCGGCGUGCAAGAAGCCGCCGGUGUACUGCAUCAUCACCGAGUACAUGUCCCAGGGCACGCUCCGGAUGUACCUCAACAAGAAGGACCCCUACUCGCUGUCGCCGGAGACGAUCCUGAAGCUGGCGCUGGACAUCUCGCGGGGCAUGGAGUACCUGCACGCGCAGGGCGUCAUCCACCGGGACCUCAAGUCCCAGAACCUGCUGCUCAACGACGAGAUGCGCGUCAAGGUGGCCGAUUUCGGCACCUCCUGCCUGGAGACCAAGUGCCAGGCCACCAAGGGCAACAAGGGCACCUACCGCUGGAUGGCGCCGGAGAUGACCAAGGAGAAGCCAUACACCCGCAAGGUGGACGUGUACAGCUUCGGCAUCGUGCUCUGGGAGCUCACCACCUGCCUGCUCCCGUUCCAGGGCAUGACGCCCGUGCAGGCCGCGUACGCCGCCUCAGAGAAGAACCUGCGCCCGCCGCUGUCGAACUCGUGCCCGCCGGUGCUGAACAACCUGAUCAAGAAGUGCUGGUCGGCGAACCCGGCGCGGCGGCCGGAGUUCAGCUACAUUGUGUCGGUGCUGGAGAAGUACGACCACUGCGUGAAGGAGGGGAUGCCGGUGACGGCGCACCAGGAGCUCAGGAUCUGGCGCUCGUUCGCCAAGAUCUUCAGGACGGGCUGCAUCACCAACAACUUGUCCAUACCGGUGCAUGCGUGAUCCAUCUCCAUCCUUACGUAACUGAAUUGCUGCUGCUGCUCUGCUUAAUCAAUCAUUCCACCACCAAGAGCCUAGGAAAUAUUACUGGUAUAUACUAGUAUAUCGAUCUAUCUGUCACAAACAAAUGGCAUAAAAGACGUCCGGCCGGAACCAAAUGUAACUCUCGAUCAAACGUGUAAACUUUAUCUCUCUGAUCUGAUGAUCAUUUAUAAGCC